AUGAGCACAAAAUUUCACGAUUGCAAACCUGAUAUAGUACUAUUCAAACGUAGAGGAGCACAUAAAUUACCACUGGUGUUGCGAAAAUGUGUGUGUCGCGCCUUCAAGCAAGAAAGUGCAUUUCAUGACCAGAAUAGGAAUAGAAUAGAUCAAAUUCUUGGAAAACGAAGGGGAAGCAAGCCACCAAGACAGAAGGCUCCUCGUGACUUGGAUGUGCAGUUGCUAUUGUCAGACCAUGUCGAGGCUGGUUCAGCCACUGCAGUAGCAAGCACUGUGUCUGGGAACCAGAACCCUUUUGAUGCAGCAGCGUCUCCACGAGUGUUGUCGGAUUCGCAGCUGCUGAAUUUUGAGCGUCUGGGACACAUCUGCACGCGUUCUCUGCUUGAUGGGGCACAAGUCACUGCUCUGCAUGGCGCAGUGCAGAGGGAAGCUGAUAACAGGCAAUUGGUUGCGCUGAGUCAUCGGAUCAGGGUGCUGCUCCCUGCUGACAAGCAUGUGCCGGUCCACAGCAAGGAGCAGGCCCUCCGGCAUCUGAAGAGGCACAGCCAGGAACUGGGCUUUAUGCAACACUUCAACCUGCACAGAGAGGUGCAGCUUAUCCGGAGCCUGGUGACCAGUAGGCGCCUGGCGUCUGUGGCUGCACAGCUGCUAGGGGAGAGGCGAGUUCGCGUGUACCAGGACUGUGUGUUUGUGAAAGAGCCAGGCUUCACCCCUACCAACUGGCACUCUGACCUGCCCAUCUCGCCCUUGGAUACCAACUCCUUUGUCACAGCCUGGAUCCCUCUGCGCCCCCUCAAGAAAGAGGGAGACUCUGGGCUGGAGUUUGCGGAAGGGUCACACCGAGACAUUGCGGUACACGCGCAAAAGGACGGCAGCAGCAGGGACCUCAGCGACAGAGGCUACAAAAUCAGAUCUGUAGGGAGGAUGGAGCUAGGGGAUGUGAGCUGGCACCACGGCUGGCUGCUCCAUUAUGCGCCGCCGCAGCCCCUGAACAGCCCUCCCCGGAUGGCGCUGGCAGUGUCGUAUUUUGGCGAUGGCGCUCGGAUUCGCCGCGCAGAGUGGAGCGGAGGCGACUGCAUGCUUGAGGACAAGGAGAGCUAUGCAGACUGGGUUGGGCCCAGGCCAGGCCAGCUGCAGCGAGGGGCAGUGGCUCGCCAUGUCCUGCUGCCUGUCAUUGAUGUGAGAUAGAGGCAGUCUGGUAAUGUUUGGGCUUGCAGCAUUAGGCAAGGCCCGUAGGACUUGUACUGCCAGUACAGAUCAUGUUAUGUGAAUACUAGCAUAGUCCUCCGAGGAGUCCAGACUCUGUCGCAUCGGAUGCACUCUGGAAAUAAGUGUCUCCUUGCCAGGGCGCAGUGCGUGCCCGCCCAUCGGCUGUCAGCGCACUGUACAUGUAAUCACACAUCCUUAAGU